AUGGUGUCUGUGAUUCACGGUGAAGUGGUCACCGUACUGGAUGCCAAUCGGAAUUCGAUCUGCUGCUCUGUUGUGACUCGGUCUACGACGCGAACAAUAAGCCAGGAGGAUAAAACGACUACGAACACCACCAACACUUUAGAAUCCGAUCAAUCCGAGAAGUCUGCGACUACAUCUGCGUCCUCACAUCAGCGGCGGAAACUUUCGAAACAAAUGACAGUAGAUGAGUCAUGGGCAACACCUAUUUUCAUUGGAGCAUCAGACGAUGAUUAUUUUGAAAAUGUUCCUUCUUCUUGCUCUAGUCAGUUUUGCAAGCCUUCGGCAGAAACCAGUCGUCGGAUGUCUGUUGAUAUCAUUAAUGCAAAAAGUGAAAUGGUGGAGCCCAUUGAUCGCCCUCAAUCUUUACCGUCAACUGAAUUGCCAUCAGAUCCUACACCUCCGGAAUCCACAAAGUCCGUCUUGAAACCGGCACCAGAGAUACCCAACGAUAGCGGACCUGAUGUACCUGUUUCAACUGCUUCAGCUAAGGCUAAAUCGUCAUUAACGCUACAACCGAUAUCAGUCAAUCUGCCUGAUGCAGAGGAGAUGAACGAUCUGCGACCUGUUCGUGAGUUGCUCCCUGAACGAACUCCAGGCGCGCCUACUGUGGUGCGUGUCGAAAACCAUCCUUAUGCUGGUGUUGUUCCAUCACGGGCCCGACAGCUCGUCCGGAGCAUGGCGAUGUGUGGAGAUGACGACACACGAUUACGCCCACCACCCCCACCGUCCAUGAUGAAAAGCUAUGCUUCUGUGGCAGCUGUAGGGGUGUCUCCUCUAUCGCGACAUCGAAACUCAUCGUCACUGAGUCGAGAAUCGUCGUAUACGGACUACGCCACGGACCUAAAUGAUAUGGAGCUUCGUGCUUUCAUCACUGCGACGUUGCAUAAAAAUCCGCGAGAUCGCACAUUGAUACUGCAAUUGGAGCAGCUUUUCACCGACUUCCUUAGCAAUUUUGGACAACAAUCAAUGAAGCUGGCACCGGCAUCGUCAUAUAACCGUAUGAUUAUACACCGAUUAGCUGUAGUUUUUGGUCUCGAUCAUAAUGUCGACAACAGCGGAAAAUGUGUGGUCGUAUCGAAGACUUCAAAAUCAAAACGACCACCUUACCUGUUUGCAACACUCAUCCAAAGUAAUCUGUACACGGACACCCGGAAGUUCUAUAAUGGUGUUUGGGAUUAUGGAGAGGGUGAUCGUCGGGCACUUUCUUUCGAUACUGGCUACUUGACUCCUCAAGUCGAAUAUGAAUCAAUGUAUCAGCCCCUUCCGUGGAAUUUGAGAAACCAUCGUUCAUUUGAAAAUCAGCAGCAGUUCUAUCCAAUGGGAUAUGUCGAUCAUGGCCCCACGAUGAGGAAAGCAGGCAGCUUCAGUGGUGUUCCAGCGUUCUACAGAUCUAGUAGUGGUUCUGCAGAUGGUUAUGAUCGACUGCAGAACAUCAAUGGACACGCUCAUUCACUUGCAUCUUCUACCCAUAUGUCCCCACGAGAACCUAUCGAUGAAGCAGCGGAACGUUUGAACAACUUCAGCUUUUCGGAUCGUGCCAGUCAGAUGAGCUAUCGCUCAUCUGGCUCGAAUCAACCGCAUCCACCUUCAGGAUUGUAUGUUGGUUAUCCGCCUGUUGUUCAAUAUCAAAUGUCCGAUGACAUGACGUACGCACCGUACCAGCAACAGCCGAUUUAUGUGCAGCCGACACCAAUGAUGGCAUCAUCAUCCACUGAGAUGUAUACACCGCAGCCGACGAUAAUGAUGCCAGUUCAGCAGAACCCACCGCUACAGCCGUCGACAUCAAUGAUCCCUUGCCAACAACCGCAGGAUUCGCUGGCCAACGGAGCUCAAGGCAUGCAAGACCCUGCAACAGUGCAUUUGAUGCCUGUUCAACAACCAGAAUAUGUGCAUUACACUACUUCACAGUAUCCUACACAAAUGGUUGGAUGUCCACCGCAAGCCUAUCAGCCAGUUCCUCAAACCGUCUAUCCGACUCAAUAUCAACAAGUGGUCUAUCCUCAGCCAUACGAACCCGUAAUACGGCAACCCAUGGUGCAAGUGGCUCCGACGGUUAUGCCGUCUGCGCAGCCACAAUUAGUACCUUCUCAGCAAUAUCCAGCUCCACAGCAAUAUCCAGCUCCAAUAUAUCACUCUCCCGUACAACCUCAGCCAUACCAACCGGCAGUGUUCCAUUCUCAAAUGCCCCAACAGCAACAUCAUAUAAUGGGACAACCGGUUGUACACGUGCAGUCUCCUAUGUACCAACAAAUGACCCGGCCAGCUAUGGUACAAGCAGUGCCGCAACCACAACAGCAACAAUGUAUCGAGGUCCCUAAUGCAAUCCCGCAGACCACGAUGCCAUCAUAUCAUCCAACAGCAAAUUAUGCACAGUGGUCGACUGGUGUGCCCUAUAAUGAAGAAAUUAACGAAGUUGAGGAAAGCAGUGAAGUAACUGGUCCGGAGUCCGAAACGCGAACCACAGUGGUACCAAUGAACAUGAUGGCUGCCCGUAUCAAUCAUGGAAAACCAAUGAUGAACCCGUUGUCAGUGUUGGUGCAUACGGAGCCAAUGUAUCAUUACUCGCAAACCUCUCCAGUUAUGUCUUCAAUGCAACAGCAGCAAAUGAUGCAGCUACAUGGCCAAUCAAGGCCAUUACUGUACAAAGCAGCGGAACAGAAUUCAGGUACACAGAACAGCGUUGACGGUGGAUAUUGUAGUAUGACGCAGGAAUCAAUUCGUGACGGUGAACUCGUAACUGAUGCUCAGUAG